AUGCCGCCCCCAGAAGUUCACACAUCCACAACUCCUGGGGGCCAGACGACCACGAAAGCCGAGUGGUCACACUGUGCGGACGCCGACACGUUGCUCACAAUGUCUCUUCUUGAGACGAGAAUACUCCCGAUGCCACUGCAACCGACGCCACCACCACCGCCCGCCUGGAACGCUACUGGUGCGGCACCGCGUCUCAACUGGGCAACAUCGCCGCACUUCCCAGACAACCAACAGGCCGCCGAAGCAGUUGCAUAUAAUGCCAAGACCAUCACACCACCCCCGACGCCGCCGCCACCGCCUGCCGAGAACGCUACUGGUGCCGCGCUGCAUCUCAACAUGGCAACAACGCCGCACUUCCAAGCCGGCCCACAGGCUGCCGAGGCAGUUCCGUACCAUGCGAUGAUCAACACGCCGCCCCCGACGCCGCCGCCCCCAACUGCCGUGAAGGCUCACGGAGGGUUGACGCGGUGCAAACUGGCCAUGAUGCCACAUCCGCCAGAGGACAAAACGACCACUGAAGUGACAACGACCACUGAGGCGACAAUAACAGAAGAUCACCAGGGGAAACCACUCCGAUGGCGCCGCCCACGGGGAUCAGCCACCUGCCGAGGUAUCUACAGUCAACCCGAUGCCGACUACCACAUUUUGACGUCGUACCGACGCUACCUUCAGCCGGUUCUCACCCGAUCAGUGACCCUCCCGUUCGGAGCGCGCCCCAGCCACAUCCGGAACGAGUCAAGGACGGGUGGCGGCAAUUUCACCAAGGGCGUGCCACUUCCACCUGCCGCGCACGUCACCAAGAGUGUGCCACUUCCGCCGGCCGCGCAAGUCAACAAGGGCGUGCCACUCACGCCCGCCAUGCACGUCAACACGGGCGUGCCACUCACGCCAUCCACGCACAUCAACACCGCCAUGCACAUCACCAAGGGUGUGCCACUCAUACCCGAUAUGCACAUCACCAAGGACGUACCACUCAUGCACGUCAACAAGGGCGUGCCCCUUACACCCGUCACCACGGGCGUGCCACUCAUGCACAUCACCACAGGCGUGCCACUCACGCCUGCCGCGCACGUCAGCAAGGGCGUGCCACCACCGCACACCACGCACAUCACCAAGGGCAUGCCACCACUGCACAUCACCACGGGCAUGCCACUCAUGCACGUCAGCAAGGGCAUGCCACGACCACACACCACGCAUGUCAGCAAGGGUGUGCCACCACCGCACACCAUGCACGUCACCAAGGGCGUGCUACCACCGCACGUUACCAAGGGCGUGCCACCACCGCACGUCACCAUGGGCAUGCCACUCAUGCAUGUCACCAAGGGCGUGCCGCCACCACGCACGCCACUGUGCUACGCCACCGCCCGCCACUAA